AUGAACAAUGAAGUGAAUGAUAGUCCAAUUUAUGGCCUGAUCCACGUAUCAGCCUUUAUCCACCACACCUCCACCUGCGAAGAAUGCGAUGAACUGCCAAUGCCACAGUCGUGCCGGCGCUACUCGCGCUUAUUUAUCUGCCAGAAAAACUUUGCAGUCUUAAUGGGUCAGAAGUGCAGUAUUAGGCGAGUAGACGCAAUCUUAGCGCCCCUCUUUCCCGCUUAG